UGAUAAACUAAUUCAAUAUGGCUGCAUGACAGUGACGUUUGUGUUUACAAUUUCUGUGAGCUGGUGAAUGUGGAAGUGUAGCACGUUAAAAACGAAAUUAAGAUCGACAUUCGUUCACUUACGUUCAAUGUUCCUUUUUUUGAAAUAGAGGUGUAGAAUUAAGGCCUCGUUACGGUUAAAAUGGGCUUUAUACACGUGAUACGUAUUGUAAGAAUGAUGUUGACCAGAUAAGUGCAAUUUCUUGACGAAAUUUGAAUUAUUUAUGAUGCACAUCAUUUCCCACACAGUGUUCUAGUGAUAACCGCUCAUCAUAACACGUUAGUAUGAUGAUGCCGACACUGAUAUCGCCAUGGGAACACCAGGCGAUAAAGGUAAAGUUCGAGAGGUAGUACGUAGAAUUUCUGCCGCCCAAGUUAAUCCGGAGAAAGGGGACGAACCGCCAGCCAAACCAAGCACUGCCAGUGAAAGUCUCGGUGAAUUACCAACAGAAUCAUCAGCUACAGGCAUGACUGUAAUAAGUAGGUUACCUCAGUUUGGUAGUUUCGUAGAUUAUAGUUCUAGCCAAUCGCUGCCUCAAAGCGGCGGUGAGAAAGUCGAAACUGUAACUUUAGAACAAGCUCGUAUAGAAGAUUAUUACGGUCAAACGAAAUUUUAUCCAAGCUCCGCAGAUGUUUUGCAAACACCCACUAAGUCAGAAAAAACAUUCCUAAGUUUAGCAGAACCUGGACCUUCUGGACUACAGAUUUCUAAAACCAAACCUGUCGCGAAAUUACAUCUGAAAAAAUCCAAAAAGCCACAAACGUCACAAACAGCGAAAAAAAACUUCGUGUGCCCUGUUUGUCAAAAGAGUUUUCAAAACAGAGCAAACUUAGCGAAACAUCAAAUAAGCCAUAAUGGUAAUUCGCCACAUAAAUGUGAACAUUGUAAGAAAACUUUUAGUUCAAAGUUUAAGUUAGUUAGGCACGUUUUAAUUCAUUCUGAUAGGAAACCAUUCAGUUGUUCAGUUUGUGAACGAACGUUCCAUCGAAAAGAUCAUUUAAAAAAUCAUAUCAAAGUUCAUAGUCCAAGUAAAAAGCAUUACGUGUGUGAGAAGCAUAACUGCAAAAAGGAGUACACGUCUCUAAUAAGCUUUAAGAAGCAUACAGCUUUGCACGCAGCAGAAGAGGGCAGCUUAGAGUGUCAAAUUUGUUCAAAAACAUUCGAAACGAAAGAUGAGAUUUUAUACCAUUUAAAAAUACACGCAGGUAGUAGGGCGGUGAAAAAUCCCAACGAAAAGAAAUUUACCUGCGACCACUGCGACCGAAAAUUCUUUACACGCAAGGAUGUCCGCCGUCAUCUGGUCGUUCACACGGGCAUGCGCGACUUCCUAUGUCAAUUUUGUCCGCAAAGAUUCGGCAGAAAAGACCACUUAGUUAGGCACAUAAAAAAAUCUCAUUCGAAAAAUUUACCUCUCGAAGCGCAAACGAUUAAAAUUGAAAUACCCGAAUUCAGUAUUAAAUCGGAACCGUCGGAAUCGAGUAUUUCAAAUCCGGAACGUUACGAGGCCAGCCCCGUCGACUUUCCCGUCAGUACCAAGAUCGAGAAAAUCGACAUCACCGACAUCGAGGUCGGCAGUUUAUUUUUUCCUCAGGGAUUCACCGAAUUAAAUCCUAUCCUACCGUCGACGUCCGAACAAUUGCAGUUUCUACCGGGCCCUUCGUCUCAAUCCGAAUUAAAGGAUUUGGGUAGUGGCGUACUGGAGGAGAUCGAGACGAGCCCGCCGAGCGAGUUGAUCGAAGAAAGAUCUGCUGGUCCCCUAAAUCCGCAAUUAUUAGAAGAACCCGUCUUAUCGGACACUGAAAUUAUGAGACUGUUACAAACAACUGAAGAUAAAAAUUUACCGUUGCCCGGUUUUAGUCAAACGUUUCAAUCGCAACCACCGCCGCCACCUCCUCCACAGUAAAUCGCUAGUAAAUUAAAUUUUCAAGUUGUUAUAAUUCGUCGCUUAUUAUAAAUUUUAUUGUUGAGUACAUGUUUAUAAAUACUGAACUUAUAUUUAAGAUAUUUCAGUUGUGUUCCCAAAGAGUAUUUUUAAACUUGUAACCUACAAAGAAUUAUUGGUGCUAUAAAAUUAUAUCGUAGAUAAAUUAUAAUUAUUUCGAACAUAUAAAAAAGAACUUAGUUUUAUCUAUGUAUACAUAAUAUAUAUAUUUUUUUAGAUAUUAAUCCGUUUUAAAGUUCAUCACUUACACCAUCUUAGUACAAAAAAGUUUUAUCAGUAUUCUGCUGUACCUAACUAAGAUUUAAAAAAGAAAUGUUGUUAUAGCCUUGUUUAUUGCCGUUCUAGCAGAACACUAAUAAAAUUCAUUCCCCAUUGUUCCAUGUUAAAAUUAAUGAAGAAUCUACCUCAUUGCAACAAUCAUUGCUGUACAAUCAGCUAGUCAUAGAUUAAGUGAGUAACGAUAUUAGUAUCAUAUAUUUUUAAUAAUCCAUGGUUUGUAUAGGUAUGUAAUCAAAACAAAAUAUGUACAGGUAAUAUAUUUUUAUACAAAAUAUAGUAUUAUUUACAAUUGAACUUGUUUCGUAAUUAAACAUUGUACAACACUGGUUUAAAGCAAUAAAUGUGUUCUCUCUAAACUUCUAAUUGCUCUAGCUAGAAAGAGAAUGACAAUUAUGUACAUCUCCCAUAAGUUUAUGUACAAUAAUGUGUCAAAAAUCAAACUAAUGUGUUCUAAGUUUGUUAUAGAUUUUAAUCUCAUUUUAUUGAGCAACAUAAACGAUGAUUGAACAUAAACCUCGCCUACUAUACAGGGUGUCCCAACAAGCUAAGUCAAUUGUGUAAUACAUUUGUAAAUUCAAUGAAUUUGUUAUUAGUAAAAUAUAUUUGAUUUUAUACGA